UUCACCUGACCAUCUUCACCAGCAUCAAUUGAACAUCAUUUAACGAGUACCAACAUGGACUAUACCCAGCUUACCGUCGCCAAGCUCAAGGACGAAUUGAAGGAGCGCGACAUUCCCAGCACCGGCCUCAAGCUGAAGAAGGACUUUGUCGAUCGUUUGGAACAGGACGACUCGGACAAAGUGAAGGACCAACCAACCGCCUCGCCCACCGUCCCGGAACAUGUCCACAUGCCCGAAACAGACGCUGUUGUGACUACAGUCUCCGAUCAUUCCGCCAGCACAACUAUCUCUGCCACCGCCACAAACGACCAAUUGCCAUUACCUACCGAGCACCAGUCAGACGUCUCCGACCCGCAAGACCACACACAGUCUGCAGAGCCUACUGGUUCCGCUCGAGAAUCCACUCCCUCAGUCAACGCUCCUUCCCCUGCAGAUCAAGUCAUGGACGAACUGCCUGAUGCUGCUACCCCGGACCCGAUCAAGGCUGAAGAGCCCGCCUCUGCCGACGGUAAAAAGAGAAAGAGACGGAGUCCUAGUCCCAUUGUAUCUGAACAUGUUGUGCACAAGAAACUGAAGCAAGAGGCUGAUGGUCCAGUCGUGCACUUGCCAUCCGACCAAGAUUCCCUUCCAAACCAUGAGCCAAUGGCAGACGGCCCUCUGGAAGAAUCCCAUCACACCUUUCAACCCAUUUCUACGAGCGAUGACCUGACUCAACCCUUCAUCAAGGACUCUGACAUAUCGAGGGCGACAAGGAGCCCUAACGAGCGCCGCUUCAAGAACCUCAUCAACCCUGCCGAGUCUGACCCCGUCCAAUCAACCACUGAGCCUGUUGAUAUGUCGGUAUCUCCUGCCAUUCAUCCCGCCACUCGUGCUCUGUACAUCCGCGAUCUCGUCCGUCCCAUCAAUCCAAGCGGCCUCAGGGAUCAUCUCGAAGAUAUCGCCAGACCUCCGGACCACCCCGAUGGUUCCGCUUCGCUAGUCGACGAGUGCUAUGUCGAUGCUCUACGUACGCACGCGUUCAUCCUCUUCACAUCCAUCUCUGCUGCCUCAAGAGCCCGAGCUAGCACACAUGCUCGUAUCUGGCCUCCGGAACCUAUGCGUAAGCAGCUGUGGGCCGAUUUCUUCCCAGAGGAGCGCUUCCAAGAGUUCCUUGAUGCUGAGCGAGCAAGUGGGGGCUCAAGGCCUAGUCAGGCAAAACGCUGGGAGCUUGCUUACAAUCUUGUCGAUGAUGGUGUUGACGUACAGCUUGUCGAGGCAGGUCCUGCUGUUCAUCGUGCUUCAACACAUGCCGGCGCGCCUAAUGCUCCUCCGACUGGGCCAAGAGGAAGCAUGUCGAGUGGAAGACGUCCAUCAUUUGCUCAAACCGAACAGAGACGUCCCUCCCAGCCCCUUGUUGCGCCACUUCCACGACGCAGCUCAAGAGUAGUCGAAGAAGCGAGUGCACCUUUCCUUGAGCUGGACAAGCUCUUCAACUUUACAACAACCAAGCCAAAGCUAUACUGGCAACCAGUAAGUGACAAUCUUGCCGAUGACAGGCUUGACGAGUUGGACCGUGAGACCAGCAGAGACUGGGACCCGCGUGCCGAUAUGAAAAGAAAUGGAGAUUCGCUGGGUCGCGGGCUCGACCAACUCAAGCGUUACACGUUCGAAGAUGGCGAUGUGCUUGUCGACGGAGGCCCCGAAUUCGGUGGCGGGCGUGCUUUUGCACGGGCCGGCAAUCGUGGACGUGGUCGAAGAAAUGGGGAUAGUUAUAGGCGCCACUAAAGUCAGACCAAGGUAUGGUCUGGUCGAAGCGCUCGUUACAGGUAGGCAAUUCUCUUGGUCAACAUACUCGGUUGAUAGAACGCAACCUAUCAUGGAAGCCCGUCCCAGAAUACAACGAUCUCAAUUAAUCUGCAAUAAAGUCUCAAGCCAGC